UCUUCUGCACCUUCAUCUCAAGAUCGACGAUGCGCAAUUCUCUCGAUUCCCAUGAUUGAUAGAUCACAAUGCCCGAUGGGUGUGCUCAAGUGACAGGGCCCUGAUUAAUGAGAUGCAGCCAUGACGUUGAGCGGCAUGACGAGAGGACCCCGCAACGUGAUUGCAUUAGAGGGGAAAACUUUUCGAAAAACCUGCAAUAUCUUGACUCGCUGUGCUUUCUUAUCUAUUGUACAUUCUUUCUGAAUAGUCUGUCGCUUUUUGUUAUUCUUUGACGGUUCGUCAAGAAGUUUUGAGUUCAUUUGGUCCUCAAGAGUAGAAGGAGUCGUUGAAAGCUCUUCAAGUGUUUGUUCAAGACUAGAAAAGAGAGAUAGUCAAGAUGCCGAACCCACCUUCCAAGAUGGCAGGAGGCUCCUCUUUGCUGCCUCUUCUCUCCAAGAAACAUGAGAUAGUGCUCUUCUCGAGUACUGCUAUCGCCCUCUAUGGCUACGACCAAGGCAUGAUGUCUCUCAUAAACACCAAUUAUUCCUACCUUCGCACCAUGCAGAUCUCAGAAGAGUCUCCUAUCGUUGGGAUCAUUGUCUCGGUCUAUUACCUUGGCUGUACUCUGGGUGCAAUCGCAGCCUCAUGGCUCGCAGACAAACAAGGUCGAAAAUGGUCAAUUUUCACCUGCCUGGCCACGACAUCCUUUGGCAAUAUCCUCAUGUUCAUCUCGGGUCUCUCAAUGUCUGGUUCCUCUCCUUGGAAUGGAGGAGCUAUAGCAUGUAUGCUUGCAGGUCGAGUCAUAAUGGGUCUUGGUGUAGGAGGCAUCGAUGCUGUAAUUCCAGUUUACAGCAGCGAACUCUCCUCAGAUGGAGCAAGAGGAAAAGCCUUGGCACAAGAAUUCCAGAUGAAUAUCUUUGGUCUGUUAAUGGCGUAUGGUAUCAACCUCGGCGUCACGAUCGGACUGGGAAAAUGGAACCAAUGGGCAUGGCGAAUCCCAAUCAUCGUCAUGCAAAUAUUCCCCCUCGUCCUAAUGUCCGUUUCUUCCGCGCUCCCAGAAUCUCCCCGUUGGCUCAUCUCCAAAGGAAAGAAGGACGCAGCAAAGAGAGCACUAGAAACCAUCUACGACAAGGAAGAGGCCAAAAACAAGCUAGACGAAAUGCAAGAAGCAGACGACAACGAAACCGAGAAAACAGGCUACAAAGACAUGCUCAUACCAGGCGGCUCCCAAUUCCACCCGUCAAUGGUAACAGUAAUGGGUCAAGUGAACCAAGCCCUCACAGGUUACGGCGCCGUCUCCGUCUACGGCCCUCAAAUCUUCGAACUCCUCGGCUUCAAGACCCGCAUGGCAGAAUACCUCACCCUAGCAAACUACAUCCAGUAUUUCCUCAUGAUGACCGUCGCGUGGCUAUCCAUCGACGUUCUCGGACGCAGGAAACUCAUGGUGUGGGGAGCUAUUGGUCUCACUACCUGUUUUGCAAUCUUGACUAUCUUCGGAGGCCUAGCUCAAGAAUUCCCGUCCGUCCCUGCUCUCGCUGCAGAGAUCCCGGGGAGUAUCACGCUCUUCGUGGCAACGGCCAUCUUCGGCAUCGGCUGGCUCGCAACCGUAUGGCUCAUUCCCACUGAGAUCUACCCUUCCACCGCCCGCGCCCAAGGCUCCGCCAUCUCGGUCAUCAUCUGGGGCCUAGCGAACUUCGCCAUCACCCUUUUGACACCAAUUGGCUUCAAUAAUCUCAAAUAUUGGCUGUUCCUGGUCUUUGCGGUCACGAAUUGCUUCGCGGGGUGGUGGACGUGGAGAUAUACGCCUGAGAGCGGAGGACGUAGUUUCGAGGAAAAUCAGGAGUUUUUUGAUAGUGCGAGGGAGGAGGGGAGUUGGGUUGUUAGGAAGGUGGAUGGGGGGAAGUUUGUGAGGAUGCCGGGGAAGAAGGAGAGUGGUGGGGAGGAGGGGGAGAACAGUCCGCUUUUGGGUGAGCAGCGGUGAGGCGAGG